UAACUUCCAACUACUACCCUCUCUUAUUUAUAACGUUACCACUUUCUCUCACUAACUAACUUUGGCAUCUGAUGAGAUCCUAGGAUCCCCCUGAGGACCUUUCUUGCAGGGAUCACGUGACCAUCCCUCACGGUCGGAGUCCGUUAGGAGCUCGUGAGCCUCGCAAACUGUCUGGUACUAAUUAGGCACAAACACUUACCAAUCUGUCAACAUAACAUGUGGAGUUUCGUGCCAAAAGUGUAUUAACACCCAGUAUACUAAAAAAUUCGUAGUAUCACUAAGAAAUUGCACAUCAAACCGAAACAAACACCAACCGCAGACCUUAUGUUGCAAUACUAAGAAUAAACAUCACAUAACCUCAUCAUCUCUAAGAACUGGUCGUCGUCACCCUCUCUGACAAAACCGGUAGAAAUCUAAACAAUCGCACACUCAUGACAGUGAGGCACCAACCAUUGCGCCAUCGGACCGGAUACGGAUCACCUCAUGUGCUCAAACCAUAGCCCCAUCCCACCACAAUAGCUAAUCAAGCACAUCAGAUGUAGCAGUUUAGAUGCAAUUAAAAAUUGAAUGCAGUCACAGAGAGAGAGGAAUGAAACUUAUGAAAGGGAGAUUUGAUACUGCCGCCAUUUGCCGACGGAGGAUGAGAUCGGAACCAAACCCCACAUUCCAUAUGGUCCAAUUGGUUGCUUCCAAACCCAGCCUAACUUUCUUCUUCCUUAUUUCUUCUGUCUUCCAUUUCCUUCUUUCUUUCGUUAGCAGCAAUUUGACUUAUGACCCAAAAGCCACGCGAUGGCAGCUGCUCUGCUUGAGCUUGACUAUGGGCCCUGCUUCCUUCCGGCUCAGCAUGAGACCACGAUAGGGGACAUGAACGUGGCAAUUCCUCUAUGGUUGGCAACUCUUACACUUCGAGGGAGUUGGUAAUUUGCCACCCAACCUUUCCCUUAUUUUAAUGUCUUCAAGCAGUCAGUCACACGUGUAAAUCCAAAAGCAUCUUUUGGCCUUCACAUUUUGACUUCCUAUCCCUACCACCACAGGUUUUUCACAUUCCACUUCUUCCAAAUUCCUUCCUAAACACAGAAUUUAUGCGAUUCUGUGCAGUGUUCUCACUAACAACCCGUCUUCUUCUGCUCCUCUGCACAAGUCUAUAAAGUGCAACGCCAAAAGAGCUUCCCUUCCAUUUUAGAAAAAGGAAAAACAGAGCAGCCAAAUUUAGGCAUGGAGGAGAAGAUGGAGUUGCCUGCAGGGUUCCGGUUCCAUCCAACAGACGAAGAGCUCAUAACCCACUACUUAUCCACCAAAGUUGUGAACGAUUCCUUCUGUGCUAGAGCGAUUGGUGAAGUCGACUUGAACAAGUGCGAGCCAUGGGAUUUACCUUGGAGAGCAAAAAUGGGAGAGAAAGAAUGGUACUUUUUUUGCGUUCGGGACAGAAAGUACCCAACUGGGUUGAGGACAAACCGAGCUACUGAAGCUGGGUACUGGAAAGCAACGGGGAAAGACAAAGAGAUUUACAGAGCUAAAGUACUUGUGGGGAUGAAGAAGACAUUGGUUUUCUACAAGGGGAGAGCUCCAAAGGGUGUAAAAACAAAUUGGGUUAUGCACGAGUACAGACUCGAAGGAAGAUUGUCAGCUUACAAUCUUCCCAAAACUGCCGAGAACGAGUGGGUGAUCUGUAGGGUCUUCCACAAGAGUGAUGGAGGCAAGAAGGUACACAUUUCUGGGCUGGUAAGAAUGACCUCCAACAGGGAAGAAAAGAGUCCAUCGGAGUUACCUCCGCCGAUGGAUUCUUCUUGUUCUUCUUCUCGUGACGAGACCAGGAAUUCUACGUACAAUUCCCACGUGCCCUGCUUCUCCAACCCAACGCAAGAUCCUAGUGCCCAACAAGAUUUGGCCUAUGGUUCCGACGCUACUACUCAGUUUUCAAAAUCAUCGGUUCCAUUGAUAUCCUCAAUCUCUCCAAUGGGGACGUCAAAUUUCCAUUACCAAGACUCUCUGUUGAUGCCCGAACAGUCACUUUUGAGGAUGCUGGUGGAAAACAAUGGAUGGCAGACGCCGGAAAGCUUGAAACCAGAGGAGAUUUCUGCUGAAACCGGACAUAAUAGUGAUAUGUCUUCAACCCAUGAUCAACUGCUUCACAGAUCCUACGAGGUUUCAGAGGACCCGUCAUCAACUUCUGCAGGAAUAUUAGACCUUGAUUGUCUUUGGAGUUACUGAAAACAGAGUAUACAGACGAAUCUUCUUAGAGGUAGAGAUUUAUCUAGCAACAUUGGGUCUGUUUGUAUUUGUAUAGAUCACUACCCUUUCUCGUUUAAGUAAACUGAAAGAUUUGGAAUCUAAAAUAACACUAUUUUAAGGAGUUUUGUACCAUAUGAAUCGUGAAGUGUAGUACUUUUAUCAGUGAUUUGUAUCUCUAGACUAUUGUUUUCUUAGGCAAGAGGUUUGGGGUUAUUGAGCUUUGUUUGAUGUUGGGAAUAGAUCCCUGAAUUUCAUACAUCUUCAUACAUGUACUUUUUCAUUAGAAAUAUACCAAGUUUAGUUUAGCCAUCGACUAUGUAAAACAUGUAAGCACGUUAUUAUACGUUUCAAUUAUCUGAUUCGCAACUUGAUGAUUCUGGUAUUCGUAAAACGUGAAUGAACGAUAAUUCUUCGUUUAGUCGAAUUCAAUACAUUAAAGCUGUCUUA